AUGAAGAUUGAGUUCAAACAUGUCCCUCGAAUUCAAAAUGAGUUUGUUGAUGCCUUGGCGACACUAUCUUCAAUGAUCCAGUAUUCAGAUAAGAAUUACAUCGAUCCCAUUAAGGUGGAUACACACAAUCAACAUGCAUACUGUUUCCAUGUGGAUGAAGAACCAGAUGGAAAGUCGUGGUACUACGACAUCAAAAGGUUGUUCGACGCAGGGGAAAAUCCAGAAAAUGCUACUAGUAAGCAGGAGAGGACUUUAAAAAGGAUGGUCAAUGACUUUUUCCUCAAUAAGAAAAUCCCGUAUAGAAGGACUCCGGACUUAAGAUUGUUACAAUGUGUCGAUGCCACAGAAGCCACAAGAUUAUUAGAGAAAAUACACGCAGGAACUUGCGGCCCCACAUGA